CGUUGUUAUCGCGUUUGUGCAGGCGAAGGUCGAGCCAAGAAUAAUUUGACGGCCGCAGGAUUCGCUGGUCCGGGCUCCAAACGGCAGCCAAAGCCAAAGUGCGUGCCGUUCGAGUGCUCGCUCGGAACGUUCCUCACGAUUAGCGCAAGUUGUGGUGGGCUCGGUCUUGGGGACGGCCGCGAUUGAAAAGCCCCAGUCCGCGAGUUUGUAUUUGUUCGGCUUCGGCCCAGUCUGCCCCGGAGGUGACAUCGUCCGGAGCCCGUCGGGAGCAGCCCAAUUGUGGACCGGCCAUUUUGAAUGCGGAACCCGUGUUUAAGUGAACGCAUCCUUUCGACCGCCAGUGUGUGCCUUCUGACGUAGUGCUUCUCCGGUGCAGGUCCUCCCCGCAGGGUGGACUCACCACAAAGGAGGAACCCCAGCUGACCGGUUCAAGCUGGGUAACUGCAUCGAAAGUGUUGCCGUGAUCCAGUCCAAGUUUGCCAAGCGCGGCCAGACGAUGACCACGGUGCUGUACUAUCUGCCACCGUCGCCACCCUGCCGGUCGGUGCUGCUGCUGGCGAAGAUGAUCGGGGUCGAGCUGGAGCUGAAGGUCCUGAACGUGCUGGAGGGCGAGCAGCUGAAGCCCGACUUCGUGGAACUCAACCCGCAGCACUGCAUCCCGACGCUGGACGAUCACGGCCUGGUGCUGUGGGAAAGCCGAGUUAUUCUAACGUAUCUGGUGUCGGUCUACGGAAAGGAUGAAAGUCUCUACCCGAAGGACUUCCGAUCUCGGGCGAUUGUCGAUCAACGGCUGCACUUCGACCUCGGGACACUCUACCAGCGUGUUGUGGAUUACUAUUUCCCUACCAUCCAGCUCGGGGCGUUACUGGACCAAACGAAAAAGGCGAAGCUGGCCGAGGCUCUCGGGUGGUUCGACGCCAUGCUCAAGCAGUACCAGUGGUCGGCGGCGAACCACUUCACGAUAGCAGACAUCGCCCUCGCCGUGACCGUGUCCCAGAUCGAGGCGUUUCAGUUCGAUCUGCAUCCGUACCCGCGCGUCCGGGCCUGGCUGCAGAAGUGUAAGGAUGAACUGGAGGCGCACGGUUACGAGGAGAUCAACCAGUCCGGUGCCAACACGCUGGCCGGACUGUUUCGGUCCAAGCUGAAGCAGUAGGCAACCUGUA